AUGAACACAAACGCAUUUCGUGUUGGCAUCGUUUUUGUGAGAAAAAGUUAUGGCUUGAGAAUUUUGCAUCAUUCAUAUCUAUCUAUCUAUCUAUCUAUCUAUCUAUCUAUCUAUCUAUCUAUCACCCUUACUCUCACCUCUCCUGUCACACAAAUUUUCACCCCUACUGUCACUCCUACUUUCACUCCUAGUAUCACCCUUACUCUCACCUCUCCUGUCACUCCAAUUUUCACCCUUACUGUCACUUCUACUUUCACCCCUACUGUCACUCCUACUUUCACCCCUACUGUCACUCCUACUUUCACUCCUACUUUCACUCCUAGUAUCACCCUUACUGACACCUCUUCUGUCACUACAAUUUUCACCCCUACUGUCACUCCUACUUUGACCCCUACUGUCACUCCUACUUUCACUCCUAGUAUCACCCUUACACUCACCUCUCCUGUCACUCCAAUUUUCACCCCUACUGUCACUCCUACUUUCACUCCUAGUAUCACCCUUACUCUUACCUCUCCUGUCACUCCAAUUUUCACCCAUACUGUCAAUCCUACUUUCACCCAUAUUGUCACUCCUACUUUCAACCCUAGUAUCACACUUACACUCACCUCUCCUGUCACCCAUACUGUCACUCCUACUUUCGCUCCUACUGUCACUCCUACUUUCAUCACUAGUAUUAGCUCUACUCUCACCUCUCCUGUCACCCCUACUGUCACCCCUACUAUCACUCCUACUUUCACCUCUACUGUCACUCCUAAUUUCACCCCUAGUGUCACACUUACUUUCACCACGACUGGCACCCCUAAUUUCUUCCCUACUUUCACCCCUACUAUCACUCUUACUUUGACCCCUACUAUAACUCCUACUUUCACCUCUACUGUCACCUCUACUUUCGCCCCUACUAUCACUCCUACUUUCGCCCCUACUAUCACUCCUACUUUCGCCCCUACUCUCACUCCUACUUUCACCCCCCCCUACUGUCACCCUUACUUCCACCCCUACUUUCCGACCAAUGCAAAAACACUUCUAUCUACAAAUUAUCUGACUCUAUUGCUAGUUCCCGAAGUUUUUGUAGCUACUGCCUCGUUGCCUCCCGGGUCAUAUGUCCAUCGCCACCUCCUCUCGCAUCCAUAUAAAGACACUCUUUUCGCUGUAAACACCCACAUGCAUUUCAUUAAAGACACAACUGUGACCGUUUUUGAUGACCAAAUAAACCAACUCUUUUAG